CACAGAGCUCCUGUCUGAGGCGACUGCCAACAUUUUGCAAACAACUGUAAAGAGACAUGAGAUGACCACCAAGAGAUGCAAAAUGACUGCAAAGAGAUGGAAAACAACCAUAUCCAGAUGCAAAACUACAAGAAAGAGACAUAAAACAAUCACUUACAGAUGCCAGAAAGAAAGAAAUGCUGCCCUAGACAGCUCGCCAAUCUAUCACAGGACAGAUAACCUCGCCUUUGGAAUAACACCAGAGAACUCAUAAACAGGGGACAGGGAGAGGGACCACAGCAGGUUUGAACCCAGAACCUUUUUUACUAUGAACAGCUGCACCACCAUGCUGUCCACAUGGCUGCAUAGUAAGUAGUCACUUUGCUUCCUUUUCAGUCCGAGAGUCUUCCUUCUUUUACAUGUUUAUGCCCGCAGGAGCUUUUUGUCUCAUGCUUUGAGGUAUUUCUAAAAUACACCUUCCAGGCUGCAAGUCUCCAAAACAAAUAUUACUCGUAACAGUGUUAUAAAUGUUUAAAUGUUGACAACGCAGGUUAAAAUUACUGCAUGAAAACGCUCAGACGGUACAUCUAUGUUUUGAAUUGACACCUUUACCCUUAUUAUGCGGCGCAAGACUCACUGCGCGUGCGUGAAUCCGGGUCUAGCGCGCGCCGUUGUCCGGUGCUGCAGCAGCAGCAGGAGCAGCAGUAGUAACAACGUGAGAAGAGCGCGUGCUUCCACUGGAGACGCUUCACAGCAGAGGAGAAGAAAGAAGCAAGACGAGACUUCUACUAUGUCUAAGUCGCCAACUUGUUGAUGUUGCCUCUGUAUUUUACUGCAGCCAUUCAGGAAUGUGAAGAUGCCACAUCCUGUCGACUCCCUCCCCACGGAAACUCUCAUCUCUAAAACCUUCUCCUUGGACUUCUUUUCUACCAGCGUAGGCCCCACAGAGCCCUACGCAGCGGAUGGCCUCAUCGCCAGCACCAGUAAUGUUGGCAACAUCAGCGGGAUAGGCAUCCCCCGCUGCACGUAUAAGGAAGACUUUAAACGUAUUUUACUCCCUGCUGUGUACACUGUUGUCUUUCUGCUCGGCCUUCCUCUCAAUGCUGCUGUCAUACUGAAGAUAUGGAGGACGAGGCCCAAUCUGUCCAAGAACAACAUCUAUAUGCUCAACUUGGCCAUAGCCGACUUUCUGUAUGUGAUGUCACUUCCCCUGCUCAUCUACAACUACGGCAGUCAUGACUACUGGCCCUUUGGGGAGCUUGCUUGUAAGCUGGUCAGGUUUCAGUUCUACAGUAAUUUGCAUGGCAGCAUCCUCUUUCUCACCUGCAUCAGUGUGCAGCGCUACGUGGGCAUCUGCCAUCCUCUGGCGAUGUGGCACAAGCAGGGUGGUCGCAGGAUGGCGUGGUGUAUCUGCGCGGGGGUUUGGUUGGUGGUCGCCAUCCUGUGUGCGCCAACUUUUCACUUCGCUGCAACAGGAAUCCAGCGCAACCGCACAGUGUGCUACGAUUUAAGCACGCCAAAGCGUUCAGUGGACUAUUACCCUUACGGUAUGACUCUGACCUGCCUUGGGUUCUUGGUUCCUUUUAUGGGUGUGAUGGUGUGUUACUGCCGGAUGGCCCACAUCCUCUGCCGCCCAGUGUCAUACCAGGGGGUCACGAUGGCAACCGGGGAGAAACGGGAAAAGGCGGUGAGGAUGAUCAUUGUGGUGGCAGCAGUGUUCUGCAUAAGCUUCCUGCCAUUUCAUCUGACCAAGACCAUGUACCUGGUGAUACGCACCCUGCCUGGUGUGCCCUGCGAGACCAGAAACUUGUUUUCAAUCAUCUAUAAGAGCACCAGGCCAUUUGCCAGCAUGAACAGCUUUCUGGACCCUAUUCUGUUUUAUUUCACCCAGCCGCGAUACCGCAGGAGCACCAAGAGGUUUAUGCUGAGAGUCACCACUCUCAGGGACAAGGGCACCAGCGUGUGAGCAAAAAAGAAAUCAUAUACUGCAUCAGUAUUUCUUAAAGCCUUGUUGGUGCACCACUGGCGGAUCCUAGGAUGCUGCAAAGUCCUACAUGUAUUGGUUGCUGAGUUUCUUUAAAUGCUUUUCCCCAUGUUGCUGUACCUGUAUUGCUGCUCCUAAAGCACUGUAACAAAGAACUGUACCCUCCUAAGAGUCUAAAAAAUUUAGAGGCACUCACUUAUCAAGAGGCCUUCUGAAAAUCAUAUACUUCUAGUUAGUUAGUCUACUAGUUGUGUCAUCUUGAAUUGGCAUUACCCAUCACACACUAUGAGUGUAUUUUAUUGGGGGAAUUCAAGCAUUUUGGACGCUUGUCAUUGACAUUCUUGAUUCUGUAUUGUCUUUAUUUAAUUUUUUUGUGGCUGAGGAAUACUGUAACAUGUACUGAGUGUAUCAUCAGCAGACGAAGGCAUUCAUAUCCUGAAUUGUCCCCUUUAUGUGUGAAAUGUUUGCUCUCAGUCUCCACUGUGCACUGGGUAGUAGAUGAGAAACUUAUUUCUUUUUUUUUGUAAAUUAUUUUUAAUUUUUGUUUCACACUGUGAAGUGCACAGUAGGGUUUUUUCCCACUCCAGUAGAUCUCAACAGGUUGUAUGGGACUUUGCAUGGAAGAUGAUUUUUAGAUAUGUGUGAUGUGGAAGUGGAGAUAUACAUGGUGAAAGAGAGGAGGACAGAACAAUUUUGGGAUAAAAUCACAGUGGGACUUGCUCAAAGUGACUGUAAACGUUUAUGACUGCAUGUUGGAACUGCAUGAAGUACCUGUGUGUGAAAAUGAACUGGUACUGAGGAGAAACAAACACAGAACUGCAAAAACAUAGCAGUUGAAGUAAUGAGAUCAAGAUUGAAAAUGUAUAAUGUGUGUGCAUUUUUAUAUCAAAGUAGUAUAGUAUUAUACUUUCAUAUGAAGGUUUACACAGUUUUUUUCCCUUUAUAAAUGACAUGUCUUCUCAAAAUUAUCCAAGUUCUAGAGCUUGUUGUUGCAUGUUUUCACCACUGGAUGGUGUGUGCACCCCCCUACUGUAACACUGCUGCACUGAAAUAUUGGCUCUGUGUUUUCGAAAUAGAAUUUCUCAUUAACAUAUCAUCCAGUAAGAAUUAUAUUUUAUUUACAACACUUGGGGGCAAACAGAUGCCAACAAAACUGUACAGUAUAUAUCCAGCUCAUAGCACGCAAAAUAUGCCAUCAGUGCACAUUUAAGGAAGGGAAAAAAUGCAGUUUAUGGAUCCUAAGGCAGGGUCUACACAACCCUGCACUUUUCCACUUCCUGUGAGUGUGUGAAUCAUUUUUCCACGAAAUAAGGAUUUCUGUUCCAAUACAUCACCUCUGUUGGUGGAUGUUAGGUGUUGUACAGAUGAUAAAGACAAAAUAAUAGGCAAUGGAGACCGUUAUGAAAAGAGGUACUCUAGAGUGCAUGUGAACUGUGUGGUACUGGAGGGAAUUUUCAUUCAUAAACUUCCCUCUGUUGUUUUUAUGGAGUCAUACCAAGUAACUGAAUUACUAAGUUUAUUAUUUGGUUAUCUUAAAUGUUCAUGAAAUGAACAAACAUGCAUUGUAAAUGGCCAUACUGAUGUUUGUAGUAACUGCAUUGCGCUGUUGAUCUGAUUUUGUGUCGCACUUACUAUUAACAUCAAAUGAAACCUGAUUAGAAAAUGUGCCUGAGGUGGAUAGUUUCAUGUUGAAUGUGUUAAUUUAAGUAAUCCAGUAUCUCUUAAUCCAAAAUUUACACCAGGCUCUCCCAAACUCAAGAUCAAGAUGUCACAAGGACCUCUCUGAUUUGACAAUUUGAAAUUCUGACAUUACUGACAUUACUAGAAGAAUCCUUCUAAAUUCAGAUUUUUACAUUUAGGCAGCUUUACUACCUAGAUCGUUCAAAUUUACAACUAUAGUUUUGAGUUUUGCACCUGUGAGGAAAGAACUGUUGUGCAUAUUGGGUCAAUGUGAACAUGUAAUUUCCAUGCAUUUUAGAUGUAGUGAACAUUCUGACCACAAUGUGAAGUUAAAAAUGUUAAGAACAUCAUACUGUGUGUAUUUCUAUAUAGCAUACAUUUUCAAUAAUGUAGUAAUGUACUGUACACCAUGCUCCUGGCUUUAGCAAAGAGUGACUACACAGACUUGUUUUUGUGUCUAUGGUCAAAUAUUUGUCAUAUCUAAUUAGAAUUUUUUCCCCUCUCAACUAAUUGUCUGAAACGUGUUGUGUGUGGUCAGUUUAGAGAGAUCCAGAUGUCUGUUUACUGUGCCAACAUGUUUGUGUCUGUCAGUAUUACUUAGAAGAAGAUUUUUGUAAAAUACUUUAAACCAGAAAUAGAAUUUUAUUUUUGUUACAUAUAGAUGUUGAUAUUGAUGAAAAGUAACAUUUGUUUUUAACAUUUUAUAGUGUUUUUUUAAUUGCCAUGCAGAGUCCUUGAGUUGCUUGUGAAAAUGUUUUGGUUGUUGUCGUUAUGGAAAACUAACUGAAAGCAGACAUUAAAAUAGUCAUGCAAACAA